UUUAACCUUUUUGGCCGACUUCAAUCUGUGGUUAUUGGAAUGAUUCAUGUCCAGGCUUUACCAGGCACACCUUUAGGCUGUAUGAAAAUCAACCAGAUCACAGAAGAGGCAUGCAGAGAAGCAGAGAGCUACCUUCAUGCAGGGAUUGAUGGUCUGAUUAUUGAAAACAUGCAUGACAUCCCUUAUUCCUUCUCCGUGGGUCCAGAGGUGUGUGCUUCUCUGACUGCAGUGUGUGCUGCUGUAAGACACCUCUGUCCAUCCCUGCCCCUUGGAGUACAGAUACUUUCUGCUGCGAACAAGCCAGCAUUGGCUGUUGCUUUGGCUUCAGGUCUGGAUUUCAUUAGAGCUGAGGGAUACAUCUUUUCCCAUGUGGCUGAUGAAGGCCUUUUAAAUGCGUGUGCUGGUGACCUGCUGAGAUACCGGAAAAAAAUAGGGGCUGAGCAUGUGCAGAUCUUCACUGAUAUCAAAAAGAAACAUAGCUCUCAUGCACUGACGUCAGACAUGAGUAUCGAGGAGACAGCCAGAGCUGCAGAGUUCUUUCUCUCAGACGGACUCAUCAUCACUGGACGUGCAACUGGGAUGCAGGCGGACCCAUGGGAACUCAGAGAAGUUGCCCAAGCCGUGAGAACUCCAGUGCUGAUUGGAUCAGGAGUGACCUACAACAAUGUGGAACACUACCUUGAUUCAAACGCCAUGAUCAUUGGCUCUCACUUCAAAAGGGACGGCCACUGGGCCAACACUGUCGACCCAGAACGCGUCAAUAGGUUCAUGGAUAAGGUGCAUGAACUUCGAAAAUGA